AUGGCUGAAGCAAAUCAACCGACGCAGGCCCCCGAGGCUACGCAAGACAAGCGCGUCCAAUUGGACGAUCUCAUCGCACGCGCUGCGGCCAAAGAUGCGACCAAAGACUACAGUUCCGCUUCGGAGCUCUAUUCACAGGCCACCGAACUCCAGGCUGAGCUCAACGGUGAGCUGUCGCCAGAGAACGCCGAUCUGCUCUAUGCCUACGGCAAGUCGUUGUACAAUGUCGCUGUGAGCAAGAGUGAUGUCCUGGGAUCCAAGGUGGCCGGAGAGCCACAGGCGCAGAGUGCUCCUUCAGCAAAUUCGACAUCUGCCGGCUCGACUGCUACUGGUGAAAACCUGGUCAAAGAUGUUAUCCCGAACGCUAUGACCAAGAACGCUCCCCUUACGAAGGAGGAGAGUACACAGCCAGACGCCGCUCCGUCCAAACCCUUCUUCCAGUUUACUGGCGACGAGAAUUUUGUGGACUCUGAUUCGGAUGAUGAGGAGAACGGCGAGGCAGACGACGAGGAAGAAGACGACUUCGCCAACGCUUUUGAGGUUCUGGAUUUGGCGCGCAUUCUCUACGUCAAGAAAAUCGACGCUGCAGAAGAGAGCAAUAACGCAAAGGGCAAAUCAGCCGAGCUACCAGCAGACUUGAGGCACAUCAAGGAACGACUUGCCGAUACCUAUGACCUCCAAGCUGAAAUUUCCCUGGAAGCAGAGAGGUUCUCCGAUGCGGUGACUGAUUUGCGAACCUCUCUCGACCUUCGAUACUCACUGUUUCCAUUCGAAGACCCGUCGGUCGCCGAAUGCCACUUCAAACUGUCUCUUGCACUGGAAUUUGCGUCUGUUCAACAGCAGGGAGGUGACGAUGACGAUAAAGAAAAGACAGUGGAUGAGGAGAUGCGAAAGGAAGCUGCGACUCAAAUGGAGCGUGCAAUUGAGAGUUGCAAGGUCCGAAUGUUGCAGGAAGAGAAGAAGCUAGAAACAAACAAGGACAUGGAUGAGGACAAAGUGACUGCCACAAAGCGAAAGAUCGCGAAUGUCAAGGAAAUCGUCGCUGACAUGGAGCAAAGACUGAUUGAUCUUCGACGAUCCCCGGUAUCGAUCGAACAAAACGACCAGGCAAACGAAGCUAUGCUGAAGGGCAUCCUCGGCCAGAUUGUUGGCCAAUCUCCAACCGAUCAGAAGGCUAGCCUGGACGCAGCCAGCAAAGGAGCAACGGACCUCUCGUCUUUGGUCCGGCGAAAGCCUAGCAAACCUGCGCAGCAAGAGGCGACGGCAUCCAAACGCCCCGCAGAGGAUGAAUCAACGGAAGGGGAGGCGAAACGCGCACGCGUGGACGAUGCGUGA